UCUCUUCUCCUAGCACGGCAUUGUUUUAAGGCUUAGUUUUUUCUUCCCAUUUUUGUUUAGCAGCACUUUCCUCUCCGUGCUCUUUCACUUACAGCACUGAGUGACUUUUCCUCCUGCAGUCGGCAGCGGGAGCUACGUCCCUUACAUCAAAACACAACGAAUGAGGCCGGCGCUUUCUCUUCUACUGUUAAGAGCUACAGCUCUGCAAGCACUGUGACAAACUGGCAGGUCAGGACCCUCAGGGCUUCUCCUCUGUUUUUCAUUUGUUUAAAAUCAGCUGUGCCAGAUACUGCUAGAAGGCUGCGGUCUGUGUUACCUAAACAACGCAGCAGUUGAGUGGUUGCCCUCUCUGGGCAGCCUGUCCUGGUGCUCCAUCGCCCUCACAGUGAAGCUCUUCCUCAUGUUCGGUUGGAAGCUGUGGUGUUCCAAACCGUGCCCAGUCCUUGCAAAUUCACAGGGCCCUCUGCAGCUCAGUUUGUAAGCCUGAGGAGUCAUUGUACCAGCUAUCUUCACCAGGCACCAGCAUCACACCAGUGUAAGCUGUGGGGUUUCCCCAUCCAGCGGCGCAGAUCUCGCACAAUGAUGUCACAGUCUGGGAGGUGACAAAGGGGAGCAGCCUGAGGCCCUCCGGAGAAGCAGCGCUGUGUCCGCUAUGAGGGCUGCACUGCUCAUCCUGGUACUCUUCCUACCUCCAACAGAGGCUAUCAGAAAGUAUAUUUUCCCUUCUGAUGAUCGUGAGCAGGAUCUGCCAAGCAGGAGUUUGCAGAAUUUGCAGGAGCACUCAAAUUUCCUCUCUGGCGUAGGAGAUGAAGAGGAGAAGAUUUCUGAGGAAGCAGAGGCACUAGAAUCCAGAUUUGGACCCCAGUAUCAUAACACUCCUCUACAGAACUACAGUGAAGAACAGCCUUUGAAUGGUAUAAUCAAUUUCUGUGCAUGCCCAUUUGCACAGCACAUUAGCUGUUUGAAUACUAGUGGUGUGAUGUGCUUUACUGUUGUAGUGCUGAACAACACCAAUUUGAAUCAAAAGAACACAGCUGAAGAAGCCAAAAAAGAAGAUUCUAAAGAGACUGCAGUUCUUGCCAUGUCAUCUACAGCUCUUGCCAUCUACCUAAUAUUUCUGGUUUGUUUUUGUGUGCCUUUUAGAAAAUGCAGAAUGCAAAAAAGGAAUUCUUGUCGUACUUUCAGAUGCCCGUGGAAACAAGAGAGACCGGCAGAGGGUGGGACGAAAGCAGAUGACUCUCACAAGAAAUGCUCAGACUCAGAAACUGUUCCUCUUAUGAGUUCAACUGAUAUGCUAUUGACUGCUCUGGCACCAAAUUCCAGUAGAGCCUCUUCAUCUGAAGACUCAAAUGAAAAGUGACAUUAAAUAUAAUACCUGUGCCAGUCACCAGCAAGCUUUAAGAGCUGGCUGUCUCGCUGCGAUUAUUGGUAGCGAGAUGGUUCGUGUUGUGUGUGUGCCCGACGGCGAGGGUAAGACACAACGGGUCAAACAUUUGCCCAGUCAGUUUAUUAUAAGAGUUUUGGUUAGCUAGGUCUGAGUGUGGGAGGUGGGACAAAGAAAGCGAUAGUAAAAGACAGAAAGCACAAGCAAGGAUUUGUUAUAGGAACGCAGGGAUAGUUACCACCGCAGUGUCACAGUGCCUCAUAAGUCUGGCUGGCAGCGGGGGUGCAGGUUCUCCUCCUCGGUCAAUCACAGGCAGAAGAAAAACGUAACAAGAGAAAAGUGCACACGUUUUUUUGCGGAGUCCAUAGAUACGUACUGUCCGGUUCUUCUUGGGUUGCCCCUAGUAACGGCACGUCCAACCCAGGUGCAACAGUCCAGUGCGGGCUAGUCCACAUCCAGGGAGCUGGGGCCUCCACACAAGGCCAAGCCACUGCAUCUUGGGAGUAGCCAAGAAGGUGAUAAGCAUCAAGAUAUUCCCCUUAUCUUCCUUGCUCCCGACACCCCUGUGUAGGCAGAGAUGCCUCUAGUUGUCCUUGCAUUUCACAGCAGUCUUUGAGACAAAAGGAGUUUUUGUACAGAGGCUCAACACUGGCUUAUGAGCAACUAUGAUUCUGGAAAUAGUGCUUGCGAUUCACUGAGCGUGGAACUUGAAAUUUCCUGACAGUAUGGAAUAAGCUUUAUGUUCUAAUCAGAGAUAUGGACAGCUGAAGCUGUCACAAUUACUUCCUGACAGAAGAUGAGGCGUUUCUUCUUUUUAAAAGCUCUGCCACCCCUGAUCAUGUUCCUGACAAUUUCAAACUGUAGGUAAUACUCGACUGUAAGCCGCUUCCUGCACAUUCUGUGUCACAGCCAGCUCCACUUGUCUGAAAUGCUUUUCUUCUUUCCCAAGCGUGAACUUACCUGAGUAUGAGCUUGAUAACUGUAUGUGAUGAAAUAAGGGAAAAUUAAGGUCGUAGUAUCAAAAGCAACAUGCAAAAGAACUGAAGAUACUGUCAGUUUGUGAGAAGUAGGCAGGUGUAAAUUAGUAGAGAUGUACAAAGGAUGUUGGGAUGUGAGAUUAGGAUUUGGAAUAGUAAUUCUUGGGAGCUCAUAGCAUUAUGUUCUUGAUUGCAGAUAAAUAAAGACACUUCGGGGCUGUGGAAUAGUUACUGUAGGUGACACUGAGAUGAAUCCCCUUAAAAAUAGGCACAGUGUUGAGGAAAUUUCCAGGGCGGAAUACAGCGAAUGUGCAAAGAAUCUGUUCCAUGACUGCUCCCUAGGCAACAUGACCUGCAGCCUUAGGUGUUAGCAACACCAGGGGAGUUUGGUGCUGACUGCAGGAGAAACGGCACCGAGGGUGGAGUGGACUGGAAAUACUGUGGUCAGGCUCCGUGAUGAUGCUGCAGAGAUGGGAACCUGGUGGUCCUAUGGAACUGGUGAACCGCAUAGUUGUU